AUGGACAAACGAAUGUUAGUAAGUGAACAAGGGUAUACCUGAAAGGUAGGCAUUGCUGCGGGAAUUGACCACUUGCGUAACAGACUACAUUUUGAUCUAAACAAGUCUAGACAAAAAUGUCAUCACAACUUGAAAGAGCGUCACAAAAUUAGUAAUAUUCCAAAGUUUCGUUGCGAAAUGUUGUAAAAUGCGGAUAAUAUAGCUUUCGAAGUUUGCAAUUUUCAGUUAAUUUAAAUUACAAACCGGAAAUUGACAGCCCAAAAGGGUAUUGAGUGCGACACAUGGAUAUUUAAUUAAACUUCAAUGUGUCAGUAUGUGUACAUUUAAUUACUGCUCUUUCCAAAAUAGUGUAAAGGUCGCCGGAAAAAUUACGACACCGUUCAUAUUGAAUAGUAGUAAUCUAUUAAAAAAUCCGUGGCCACGCGCCAAAGUCCAAACCCGGAGACGUAGUCGGGAUUUCUAGCCAACGGGAGAGAGUGGGAGGGGGGACAUCAAGGAGGGCCCGAAGCAAAUUUACCCAGCGACACUUCGAAUAUAGUGUGUUAAUUACCUGAAAGUGUAUUUGGAGGUGUUUGGGAUAUGCCAACAUGGAAAAACGUUUAAAAUCUAGUGCGUAGAGAGCUAUUUUCAAUAUUUUGGGGACUAUCAAUUUCUUAUCCAGGUUUAAUUUUGUGAUUUUGAAUAAAUAUUUAACACACAACAGCUGUACUUAAUCGCAAAACCAAUCCAAAACGUUUAGAACAUUGGCCAGUUCGGUUUUAGAGGCGCUGGGGAGUGGGCAGCCAUCUUGUAUGGAGGGGACGCGGGCUCCACUCUGGCUACGUCAUUGGCCAAAUUCACCCCGAAAAUUGAUGGUUUUACACUUGUACGACAAUACGAAUUUGAUUUUCUUGAUAUGAAGAUCAUGAAGUUUGUGAUGUUAAGGCUUUUUUCCACUCAUCGCGAAAACAGCUCUCAGCGAGCUUGCGAGUCCUCGCAAGCUCGCAGGUCAAUUUCCACCCUUCGACAUCUCGCGUGACUAAUUUACGUUUUUGCAAAAUGACGGCCACUUACUUUAUUUAAGACGCGAGAUGAGAAGAAGUCUCAAGUACGUGGAACGUUUUUCGGUUCUCCCGAUAUUCUGUAAAAGAGAACAACUCGGAGAGUUCUAUAAAUUGGUGAUGGGAAUGAAAAAAGGAAGACCCAAUCGUCGGACCAAACUAACGAAACGCUUACACCAUUGUCCCAUGCUUCUAUAAACAUGUGAACUUCCUCAUUCGCCGCCAUUUUGCAUCUUUCUGUUCACUUUAGGUACGUGAUAUUUUCAACGAAUUCCAUUGUCUUCUUUUUUCAAAGUAUUCUGCACAAGUUACUCGCUAAUACUCGCAAGCUCGCUACGAGCUGCUUUUGUGAUGAGUGGAAAAGAGCCUUUACUCUGAGUGUGCAACCACACCGGGCAAGCUAAUACGUUUGCCUGACCACAGUGGGAAUCAAACCUCAACCUUUGGAUUAUUAGUCCAAUGGUCUACCAACUGAGCUACGAGGUCAACUCGGUUCGAGUUGAUGAUAUUUAUAAGAUAUGAUACCUUUUGUCGGUGUUGGUGUUAUGUACACUAAUUAUGCUAGACUUGCCACAAGUCGACUAUUGGGAAGGGAGGGCGCGGGAGAGGGAGCGCGCGACCCGAACGAUGAAGUCGCGAGUGGUCGACUUGUGUCGCUUGCAGGAAUUUAAAUCGCAUUAAGAAUUUUGGCGCAAAUAAUUUAUUCAUAUUAAAAAGGUGUGUACAUUUCAUAAAAUUACUUCACAACUCGCCGACAAUGGGUCUACAAAAACGCAAAAACAUUCUCAAGAAUUGAUAUUUCUUUGUCGUCGAAUGAAACAGUUUGCACCGAGUGCAGAAACGAAAUAACUGACCCAAGUAAGCACCGAAAGCUUUUUAAUGUAUCAAAAAAAUUGCAAAAACAAGUGCAUGUAAAAACCUAUUGAAUCUGGACAGUUGUUUGUUUAAAAAUGUGUGCCGUAAUGGUGUCGAGAAGUAUAGUAAUUACUAGAAAUACAUGCAUGCAACAACCCCUCGCCUAUAUUUUCCAAACAUUGAACAUGAAGUAUUCGUAAUUACGCCAACACUGAACGCAGGCUCGCGUUGCCACGUCAUGUUAGUCAUGGCAACACGAUAAUUGUUUUUUACUUUUUUGUACAAACCGGGAAAAAAUUGAUGAAAUUUGAAAACUUUUAACUACAGAAUUAUCAAUUUCUAAAAUGUAUAAAGUAGAUAAAAUAUUUUUGUUUUUAUGUGCUUUAUUUUAAUGGAAAAUUCAAAAUGAAACUCUACGUAAAAGUUUUUAAAUGUGAAUUGAAAUUAACUGCUUUUUGCCGAUAUUUAUAAACUUCUCAACUCGAGCUUCAACUUAUUACUCGCACUUUGAAAUGAAACAAAUUUAAUUCGUACAGGACGCGAAUGAAAAUAAUUUGCUUUCCUUUUUAUCAUGAAUUUCUACAAAAUUUAAUUUAACCAAGAAACUUUCGCAAACAAUGCAUAGGAAAGAACAAAGUCUAUAUUAUUAAAUACAAAGUCACACAAAAACAAUUGAAACAAACUUUCCCUAUACUUUAGGAUUUAUCAUACAAUAUCAAAUCUUAUCUAUGUUUACGUUUAAAAAUUGCAAUGUACAAUUUGUUAUGUGAAACGAUUUUCCAAGCUUUCUUACAUGUAUUUUUUUAUAUUUUCACUCCUCACACUGCCUUCUUCACUCCUGGCAAACAGCCAUAUUUUAAGAUCAGUGAUGACCACCCACUCAACACCGUUGGUGAGCGCACGCGAUCAUUGACAAACUUUAGACUUCGCUAAUGCUUUCGUUUCCCCGAGUGUAAAUAGCCGGGGGAAAUUAGUACCCUCGCACGGCGCUUCGCGCCGUCGGCUCGGGGAUUAGACUUAUUAAGGAAAGUUGAUUCAGUUCGCGAGCGAUUUAAUGUAGUAGAAGUUAAUCUAAUUGAAAAUAAUCAAACAGCUGUAACCAAGAAGCAGGGAGGUGGCGAUUGUGAUCAACGAGAAGACGUCGCUAGAGUUCAAAAUCCAGUACAGUAAAUCCUGUUUUCUCAACAAACGAAUUUGUAAUAAUCAGUAAUCGAGAUCAAGAAACUCAAACUAAACCUGAAACUAGUGAGGAAAUUUUAGAAUGAUCAGAUGCAUGCAUUUUCGAUGACAAUUUUGAAGUUUAUUUCUAUAUAGUAGGGUCAAUAUAGCACCUGACCCCCAAAAAAUUGCAAGCAAACGUUUUAUGGUGUUUUCCUGCAGUAUUGAGUCUUGUGAACAACAUAUCAAACGUUUAGAAAAAUUUAGGUCACAGAAAGGGUAAAAAUGUGACGUCAUAAACAAGAUGGCCGCCAAAUCAUAAUAUUUAUAUCUCGCUUUAUAUUUGACAUAGGGUGACAAUAUUGGUGUCUAGCUAUAGGUUUUAGGGGUCAAGGAAUCCAUUAAGUCUAUUCAUGGGGUUGUAGGGGAAUUGCAUCAGGGAAAUCCAAGAUGGCCGCCACGACAGCCCCAAGCUUACAGUUGUGGUGUCUAUCGUUAGGUUUUAUUUAUAUGUUACUGUGGAAAUAACCUGUCAGUUCGGCUUUUGCGCAUACGAUCUCGUUGUUCUUCGUCAUCUUCUUCAUCUAGUAUUGGCCCCAGUGUCAUGUUGUCACAUUCCCUUCUUGACAAGGUCCGCAUGCGCUUGUACAAUCAAGCCCAUGUUUUUUACAGGUACAUCUUAGCGUGUUACAACCAGUGGAACAGUUGCAGUGGAUCAUUUUGAGGAGAACCACGGGAGCAUGGUCCUUAUCCAUCAUGAUCGGAACGAGUUUGUCCCCUUGAACUUUAAAUACCCAGUCGUUAGGAACCAUGUCCUCACUUAUGCCCAUCCAUACCAUAACUUGGUAAUGCGUCCUCAGCGAGUGAAAUCUAGUGGCAGAAGCAGUUGGCGGAAGUCGUUCAGGUGUGACGAAUGUCUUGGCUCUUCAAACUUUCUUACAGAGCGAAUUGUACCUAAUUAAGGGUUACGAGAGACUCGUUUUGAUUCCCAUUAAACAAUGAAACCAUUGCCUUACAGCCAGCACUUUCAACGGUAUUUCGAUCUUUGUCCGGUGAACAAAAAUCUUUGAACAUGUACGAAACACGGAUUCCCCCUUGAUAAUUUUUUGAAAAACGGAUUUUUUGCCAAUCCCAAAGAUUUUUGAAGUCGUAUCGCAACCUGUGAACGCGUGAACAAACAGCAGAUCAGCACAUAAGUCAUCACCUAAUAUCUGUUUCAGAACAUUGAUGUUGUACACAUAUUGUUUUGUUUUAUCCCCGGUUUUAUCUGAACGAAAGUAGAGCUCAUGGCUGUACUUAAGAGACGCAUGAUACAGAAGAAGAAUCAACAAGUCAGUAUCUUCGCCAAUGAGCGUUGUAGACUUGUACCCAGACAUCGAAGCUGCGGCUUUUACUAUGUCCACGUCUGCAUCUCCCUCAGCUUGAAUGACAUGGCAGUCUUUCUGCUUCAAGCAUUUUGCGAUCAUAUCAAUCAUAGCCUGUUUGUUUUCCACAUUCGAGAGAAAAUCCUCUUUUUUCCCGACGAACUUAGUAGCAUCCGAUAUAUUAACCUUGUUAGCAGUCUUAUUUGCACUUCGUCGUUGAUGUGUAUUGUCCUUAAUGCCUGGCCCUCCACUGUACCCAUCAAAAACUACUGUGGCAUGUCCGUUUAAAUCCGAAGUGAACUUUGCAUAUGCGUCAGAGAUUGAGCUGUAUGUAGAACCUUCGGUCCAUCUCAGUCUAUGCAAAAGUGAUCCCCGUCUAAAACGAAGUGAUUAGUAACUAGGAUCGUCUCAAGCACUGCAUCAUCAGAUCUGGGAGUGACAUAGUUUCUUAUUGCUUCCACCAGUUGUGCUUUGUCUGGUUUGCGCAAACGGUCCUUUGCUUCGAAUAACGCUGGAGGAUAUAAACUGAGUUCAUAUUCCAUCACCUCACUUAAAUUAACAUCUCCAGACUGUGAUACCACGAAGAAUCUAUGAAACAACAAAGCUGUGUCUAUGGUUCUGUCUUCAGAAAUUUGGAUGGCUCGGGCAGUAGCUAAUGUCUUCACUCUAGUAUUUCUCUUGUGUGAAUACGAAAAUAUAGACUGUCCUUCCAUUGUUUUCACUGUGCUGCUGCCAAGCGCGAAAAGAUCAUCCACAUUCACAUCGUCAUUAGCAUUUAUACCAGUUAUGAUGUUGCGCAAGGUAGCAUCUCUGUGAACGGGGAAAAGUCUGCAAGUUUUUCUAUAAGAAUUUCUCUGUCUGCUUUAUCUCUAUUCAUCCUUGCACACAGAUUCUUUGUGCUGUUCACUUGUUGUGUAUACCAUCUGGCUGAACUCUUGCAUGGCAUAGUUGUAGGCUGAGGUUACAGGGCGAGACAUUGUCCAAAGUGUUCUUUGGUGUUCAUUAAAGACACUUCCUCUUGUUAGCCCGCCUGUGCUUUUAAGGGAACGCAUGAGCCUCUGCUCGAUGACAAG